UGGGGAUUAGCAGGAAGCGGUGAAUGGUUGAAUAUCCAAGUGGGGGGACGUGUAAAUUUCUGACGUCUACGACCGACUGCGCUGGGACACAGACCCCCAAAGUGGAGCCAACCCAGCCCUGCGCUGAGGGACGCUCCACGAGGGCAGAGGUGCACAGAAGCCUGGCCACAAUUCUCUGUAAAGUGAACCAUGCUCCAGCGAAACGACGACCAGGGGCUGCGCAAGGGUUCAGCUCCGCGGCUCGGGAAAGACCGCGAGAGCUUUGUCCUCUGCGCGGCGGGGGUCCCGAAGAAAGUAUAAUUUGAGCAGAGCUUCUAAAGUCACACGGAGACACUAGGAAGCCUCUGAUGAAGAGAACUUCUUAGGGGUUUGAAGGACUAGUAUUGUCCUUGAACAGCGCUAUUCAGGAAGGAAGACGUAAACGGGUGGGGCGGGGCCGGGCCCGGCGUCGGGCCCGGCGUAGCCUCAGAUAUCUUCGGCGGAACUCGGCAAUCCCUCAGCGAACUUCGUCCUCAGCUUCAAGCCCCGCUGAUCCGGAAACAGCCGAGCGGAUCCGGAAACAGCCGAGCGGACCCGGAAGCGGUGAGCGCGGUCACCGGGGAGUGCGGGACCCCGCCGUUUGCGCGGAGGCUAUGGCGGCAGCUGCGCCGGCGGCCGCGGGCGAGGAUGGCCUGCGACGGCAGCCGGGGACUGCCCUUGAUCCCCAGCCCCAGGAGGGGGCAAAGGCUGAGGCCGAAUCAGCGGAGCUCGGCCGACUUCGGGUUGAGCUGGCAGGCGCCUUGGCAGAAAUGGAGACCAUGAAGGCUGUGGCCGAGGUGAGCGAGAGCACGAAGGCCGAGGCUGUGGCUGCGGUGCAGCGGCAAUGCCAAGAGGAGGUGGCCUCCCUGCAGGCCAUCCUGAAAGACUCUAUCAGCAGCUACGAAGCCCAGAUCACUUCCCUGAAGCAGGAGCGGCAGCAGCAGCAGCAGGAUUAUGAGGAGAAGGAGCGGGAGCUGGGCCGCCUGAAGCAGCUGUUGUCCCGGGCUCACCCCCUGGACUCCUUGGAGAAGCAGAUGGAAAAGGCCCACGAGGACUCGGAGAAGCUGCGAGAGAUUGUGCUGCCCAUGGAGCAGGAGAUAGAGGAGCUGAAGGCGAAACUGUUGAGGGCGGAGGAGCUGAUUCAAGAGAUCCAGAGACGUCCCCGGCAUUCCCCUUCCCUGCACGGCUCCACGGAGUUGCUGCCUCUGUCCCGAGACCUGUCUCCCCCACUGGAGCCUCUCGAGGAGCUGAGCGGAGAUGGGGGUGCAGCAGCCGAGGCCUUCGCCCACAACUGUGACGACAGCGCCUCCAUCUCCUCCUUCUCCCUUGGCGGCGGGACUGGCAGCAGCACUUCACUGCCCCGUAGCCGCCAGGCCCUGAGCCCCGAGCAGGAAGAGACAGCCUCCCUGGUGUCCACGGGCACCUUGGUCCCUGAGGGCAUCUACUUGCCACCUCCUGGUUACCAGCUUGUCCCAGACACCCAGUGGGAGCAGCUGCAAAUGGAGGGGAGGCAGCUGCAAAAGGACCUGGAGAGCGUCAGCCGGGAGCGGGAUGAGCUGCAAGAGGGCCUGAGACGAAGCAAUGAGGACUGUGCCAAGCAGAUGCAGGUGCUCCUGGCCCAGGUCCAGAACUCAGAGCAGCUGCUGCAGACCCUGCAGGGGACUGUGAGCCAGGCUCAGGAGCGGGUGCAGCUGCAGAUGGCAGAGCUGGCCACCUCCCACAAGUGCCUGAGCCAUGAGGUAAAGCGGCUGACAGAAGAAAACCAAGGGCUCCGGGCUGAGCAGCCGCCACCUGCAGCCCCCUGGGUCCUGGAGCAGGAUGAGGGCCAGGACCAGGCGCUGCCCAGCUCUAUCCCGGAGCUGCAGCAGCUGGUAUGCCGCAUGGGGCAGGAGGCAAGGGCCCAUCAGCAGGCCCGGGAACAUGAGGCCGAGCGCCUUCGGAUUGAGAUUGUGACGCUGCGGGAGGCGCUGGAGGAAGAGACUGCGGCAAGGGCCAGCCUGGAGGGGCAGCUGAGGGUGCAGCGGGAGGAGACAGAGGUGUUAGAAGCCUCCCUGUGCAGCCUGAGGACAGAGAUGGAGCGGAUCCAUCAGGAACAGAGCAAGGCUCAGCUCACAGACCUCCUCUCAGAACAGAGGGCAAAGGUGCUGCGGCUGCAGGCCGAACUGGAGACCAGUGAACAGGUGCAGAGGGAUUUUGUACGACUGUCCCAGGCCCUGCAGGUGCGCCUGGAACAGAUCCGCCAGGCAGAGAGUCUGGAGCAAGUGCGGAGCAUCAUGGAUGAGGCGCCCCUCAGGGACAUCAGGGACAUCAAGGACUCCUGAGAGGCCAAACCCACCCGCUAUGGGGAGACUGCCUUUCUCCACUGCAGAACCAUUAAGCCUAAGCUUUGGGGGUCUCAGGAUGGAGUCUUCCCCCUCUCCAAGCCUGGGGUUUAGGGGAUGGGGCCACCACCACACUGGCCCUCCAGGGCCUCCUCCCAGGAGUGACUGGGCCUUCUGCUCCCAAGGAUGACACUGUGUGAGGGUCCCAACUACCCCCUAGAACCAAAGGUGCAGGCUCAGCCCUGUGACUUUCUGGCUGCUAUGCUGCCUCCUGGGCCCUCACCCCCAUGCCCCCGUCCCCCAGCCAGACUGCCAGUCUCCCUCCCGCCCCCUUUCCUAAGGCAUAGCCAGGCUGUGGGUGGUGGCUGGGAGCCUCUGUCCCUACAUGCGCCCUGGACAGGCAGCUGCUUUCUGGACUGCAUGACACUAAGAUGCUUGUCCCCGAGGGCCAGACCCAGGCCCCAAGAUGUGCAUGGAGGCAAGGCCAGACUUUUCUGUCAUUUAUUUUCAAUAAAUAAGCAGCUCAGCUCA